GGUAGGUUUACAUCAGUGUUUGGUAGGAAAUCAGUGUCACCAAUAAAAUCUGCAGCUGCAGGGUGGCAUUACUUGCUGAUGUCACACUUGGAUGAUGCUCAUCUCAGUCCACCGCAGUGAUCGCAGGCUGCAGCGAGCCCUACUUGAAUGACACUGCAAGUCUGCUGCCAGACGCAGCCACCCCCCCUCUCUUUACAGGGGUGAAGCUGCUAUUUAGUCACAGACAGUUCUGUCCAGUGCAGUCGACAGCAAGACGCAGUGCGAGUCUGACAGUGCAAGUCUGCAUCCAGAUCCUUCUUGACGGUUCUGUUUCCUUGUGGAAAGAGGGGCUCUAACUCUGACGCUUCCACUACCAACAUCUACACAACUCGGAAAAGACGCAGCUUACUCUGCAUUAGGUUCAGGCACGAUGAACAUCAUUAUUCCCAAGAGCAAAACAAAAAGCACUGACAUCUGUGGAGCGGGCAAAUACUAUUAUAUAAUCCGCUCUGAUCUCGGAUGCUAUAUGAAGAUAGGUAGCGUCAAUAGAGGUUCAGACAUCUCUGUUUUCAGUCUGCACCCUGCUUGCAAAAAUGGAGACCAUUACCUUGGAGGUGAAGAUGGCUCCUUUUACAUCAUCAAAGGCAAUUCCUACCGCAGAGUCACCAACCUGACGACAGACAGCAGUGCUAAAGUUUACAGCCUUCAUCCCAACUGUCAGGGUGGAGACCACUACUUCUCAGCCUCUGACAAGUUUUUCAUCAUCUUCCAGGAAAGGGGAACUUUUCGAAUAACAACAGACAUGAAUACAGACUUGGAUGCUGAAGAAUACAAGCUGCAUCCCAACUGCAAAAACGGGCUCUAUUACUGGGGCCUGUCAAACGACUGCUUCUUCCUCAAGCCAGUCUCAGAGUGGGGAGUUGAGUAUUACAAAUGUACCGACCUUGGCGAAGAUGAGUGCAUUGGUGUCUAUUCUGUUCAUCCUGAUGUUCUUAACUUCCUCCCUGGUGGGCUGACAGUAACUAUAGGCCCAUCCUUUGGCAAUUGGGAGAAUAUUAAAGCUACUAAUGACAGCAAUACACCAGCAACAUGGCAAAAGAAAAUCAAUAAAAAGAUUGGAUACAAUAAAGAGCAGAUGUCCCAGAUCACGCACAACUGGAAGAUAGCCACGUCAGCCUUGAUUGAAUCUGGAGAACAUGCAAAGUUAAUUUUGAAGUUGCACCUCUUCUUUUUUGGAGAUUUUCAUGUCAGCACUAAAAAGGAAAGCUGUAAUGAAAUGAUUGAAGUGGAAGAACAACUCAUAUUUGAGCUGAAGCCAAAUGAGUCUGUAUAUCUGUGGCAGUAAAAAAUGGGUCUUGGUGAAGAACCAGUGUUGUUCUGCCAUGAUUUAAAGAUCACUAAUGAUCCAAACCCUCCAACUGAAGUCCUGCUGCCACCUGCACAAUCAUGAAAACAUAUUAGGAUGCUUCAACUCCAAGGAUAACCAAGUGCUUUAGUUAAAUGCCUUAAUUAUAACUUCUCUAGUAAUUAUUUAGAUAUCCACAUGCAUUGCUUAAAAUGAGCCUGGAAUUGUGUAAUAGUAAAGAGAUUUUUCAGUUAUAGUCAAUGUAACUACAAAUGACAACACUAUCCAUUAUGGUAUUAUUGAAACUUGGUGUUUAUGAUUAAAAGAAACUGACAGAAACCUA